AUGAUCAAAUUCCUGCUUUUUUGUGCGUUUUUCGUCAUUGCCGGCGCUUUGUACGAAAAUAAUGAUCACGUAAUCGAUUUGAGGGCAUCCCAAUCGACUUAUAUCAACUCGCCGUACUACCCGAACUACACUUAUCCGCCUGGAUCAUCGGGAAGAUAUGUCAUUACUGCGCCAAAUGGGUACCAAAUACGUGCCGAGUGCAACAUUAACAUCCCAAGAGGAAGCAACGGUUGUGAUCAAAAUAUUUUCUACAUCUCACCGGAUUACAAUUUGAACUUGCUCGGCGCCGAAUAUUUGUGUGGAAUGGGCACUGUGACACGCACUUCGCUGUUCAACAGGAUGAUUAUUGCAUACACGAGCACAAGUACAACCACAGCGGGAUAUUUUUCGUGCCUCGUGAGUGUGGCGGCAAAUCCUGCGGCAUGCGAUUGUGGAUGGUCGCGGAGUCAAAAGCUCGUCGGAGGUCAAACCACUGAAGUAAACGACUACGUUUCAAUGGCUGGCUUAGUUUAUCGUCCCAGCGGAUCACUUUUCUGCGGCGGAACCAUCAUAUCUUACCGUUACAUCAUGUCAGCUGCCCAUUGCUUCGAUACCUUCCGCCAACCAUCCGAAAUUGUCGCUCGUCUCGGCGAUCAUGACUUACGGGCCUCCACAGAGACAAUUUACUCCGUUGACAUGAACAUUGCUGCCAUUCUGCGUCAUCCGCAGUACAAUCCGAGCACCGCAGCGAACGAUAUUGCCAUUUUAACGACCGCUUCUGACAUAAUUUACACUCGUGGCGUUGGUCCAGCUUGUCUUCCGUUUCUCUACAACGCAAAUUUCUUCGAUUCCCGCACUCUCGUCGCCGUCGGAUGGGGAAGUGAGACCUUUGCAGGUCCCCUGUCGCCCGUUUUGCGGGAAGUUUCCUUGAAUGUCAUCACAAAUGCGAAUUGCGUGUCGCGUGGCUAUCCGAAUUUGGUCUCGUCGCAACUUUGCACGUUCUCGAAUGGGCGCGAUACGUGUCAGACGGAUUCGGGCGGCGCGCUGUUCUACAAGACAACACGAUCGUUUGCGGUGGCGAUAAUUAGCUUUGGGGUGGCAUGCGCUACACAAACACCCUCCGUAAACACGAGAGUCAACUCCUUCCUCACGUGGAUACAGCAAAACACGCCAAAUGCCCAAUAUUGUAGCUUGUAUUAUUAA